AUGGAGGCGAAGAAGCUCAAGGGGGCGGCCACCACGGCCGCGCUGUGCGUGCUCCUCCUCCUGGCGCUGCUGCCCGGAGAGGCGGCCGCCAAGUCGGAGUUCUGCAAGUGCUUCGACGCCUGCUACCCCGGGUGCGUGAACGACAACGUGCCGGGCUACGCCUGCGAUGUGUUCUGCGCCAACAAGUGCAGCCCCGACACCAACCAGCCCGGCUAUGGCGUCGGCAUCGGCUCUGCCGCCGCCACCUGCAGGAUGGCCUGCAAGAUACAGAUCUGCGGCCACUCAGCGGCGGCGCCGACCGAUGCAGCUGAUGACGCCGACGUCUGCGUGCAGAACUGCAACAGGAAGCUGAGCCAGAUGGCCCAGACACACUGA